AUGCCUUUCAAGCGUAGCUUCAACACUGUCGGGGUCCACUGUGGCGGCGAGGUCUGCGAUGUCGUCGUCGGAGGCGUCCGUGACGUCCCUGGCAAGACCAUGUAUGAGAAGAUGAUGUACUUCUGGAAGAACGAGGACCAUCUUCGAAACCUACUUCUCAAUGAGCCUCGAGGAUGUUCUGCCAUGUGUCAUAACCUCGUCCUACCCCCUUGCAACCCUGAAGCCGACUAUGGCUUCAUCAUUAUGGAACACGAAGAUUACCCUCCCAUGUCGGGAGCCAACACCGUCGCCACGGCCACUUGCCUCUUGGAAACCGGCAUGGUCCCCAUGCAGGAACCCGAGACGGUGGUCAAGCUAGACACUCCCGCCGGUCUCGUCACCGUGUAUGCCGACUGCGAAAACGGCAAGUGCAAGAGCGUCCGGUUCCACAACGUCCCAGCCUUUGUCUUCGCCCUCGACAAGGAGGUGACGGUCCCCGGCCUCGGCGCCGUCAAGGUCGACAUUGCCUACGGCGGCAUGAUCUACGUCCUUGUAGACGCCGCCUCAGUCAACCUCAAGAUCAAGAACACAAACGGUGCGCAGCUCGUCGAGGUUGGAGAGCGCAUCAAGCGGGCUGUGGUGGAGCAAACAGAAUGGGCCCACCCCGAGAACUCCAGCAUCACGAGCAUCACAGUUCUCGAGUUCACAGAACCUCUCGAAGCCUACAAGGACGGAAAGAGGGCUGUCAACACAGUCGUCGUUUCUCCUGGACGUCUCGACCGAAGCCCCUGUGGUACUGGAACCUGCGCCCGACUUGCCGUCCUGCAUGCGAGGGGAGAGCUGGUGGAGGGCGAGCCUUUGUACCACUGCAGUGUUAUUGGAACAGAGUUUAUUGGUAAGGUGGAGGGUACUACCAAAGUGGGAGACUACCCUGCUGUGUAUCCCUCUGUCACGGGUAGUGCCUGGAUCACGAGCUUUAAGCAGGUCGUGCUGGACUCUACGGAUCCCUUUCCGGAGGGCUUCCGAGUUGGAGAUGUGUGGCAUCUGGACCCUGAGGAGUAG